CACACACACAUCCCCCUGUUCCUAAUAGCGGUCACUGUACAGUGGGGUUUAGUCUAAGCUCGGCACAUAGAUGAGGACGAGGAGUGGAAUCGUGGAUGAUAGAUCUCUGCUCUCUCUGACAGCAUUUCCAAAGGAGGAGUGGAGACAGAGGUGAGAUGCCCAGCAAUAGCUAGACCCUCUUAUAGCAGCCUUGGAUGGAGGGAAGCUCUUCUGCUGCAUGGACAUGUAAACCCAACAAACAGGCCAUAUCUGAUAUCUGACCUGGUGUCAGUGAAGACACAGAAAGGGCACUGCUGCAUAUCUCCUCAGAUGCCCCAUAUCAUUUUGAGCAGCAGUAUAUUAUAUUGCCCUCUAAGACAAGAUGGAUUUCUUUUUCCAACUGCAUUUCGGUCGACGUCAAAAAAGACAAAAGCAUUUUGCUGCAGUGCGUCACAAAUGUCCUGCUAUUCAGACCAGUAAAGCCAGGAGGCGCUCGAGUGUCGGUCUGCCCUCGGUGGCACUGGUGCAGUCCAGGCGCUCCUCCAUUGGUUUGCCUCUAGUUGGUACUGACCAACGCAGGCGCCCGAGCGUCGGCUUACUGGUGGCCAGUGGACAGAAACGGCAGUCUAUCAUAGAGCUGGGGCUGGGAAGCACAAGUGAAGGAGCAUCUGGAAGAGGAGCAGAGGUCACCGUCAAGAGAGGAAGACACACGUUUCAUAAUCCUCCCUGCGAUCAGCGUCCCUGUUGCACAGUCUCCUGUGCACGCCAUUCUAAGGUAAAAUCUAUUGAACCUCAUUUACUCGGAUCCUCUAUGUUACUGGCAAGUUUAGUCCAGAUGGGCACAGGACUGAAUAAGGAAGAAGAGGAUGAAGAGGAGCAGGAUCUCUCCCAGUGCUCCUGUUCUGAGUCUGAUGGAGAAGCAGAGAGUGAUAAAGAAGUGGAGAGCAGGGCUGAUGACGUGAGCUACACGGCUCAGAUGCACCUAACACAGGCUGUCGUUAUGGAAAACAUUAAAUCCCGGCCCUUACUCCGGCCUCCUCGCUGUCUGAGAAGAAAUUCCUCACACCUGCUUCCUUCAGACUCCGUGUUUCAGGACAACGACUCGGGCUAUGGAGUCUAUGGCCGAUAUCAUCCACUGGGGUCGAGUCACGCUCACGGUGAUUCGAAGAACACAAUCCCCACUUCCAUGACCAGCCCCAGUCUGCGCCAGCUGGCUUCAGCAGAGCUGAGCUCUGAUGUUGGGGCAGCAGCAGCAGAAGGUCCCUUAUCUGGUUCCACGCUCCAUAAAAGCUGUUCCUCACCUCUGGAUGGACCCGACAUUUACUAUGACCCCCACCUGGAGACAUGGGAGAACUUCCUCUCGAAAGCCAUCGCCAAGUCCGGUCUGCACCAUCUGCCCUGUCAGCCCGGCACAUCCUCUCUGACCAGGACCGACCCGGAAGCUAAUAUCCGCAGCACCGUGGACUGGAGCGAGUCCGCGCUGUAUGGAGAUCAUAUCUGGUUUGAGACGAAUGUUUCUGGAGACUACUGCUAUGUGGGAGAACAGCACUGCAUUGCCAGGAUAAUGCAAAAGUCUGUCAGUCGGAGGAAGUGUGCUGCCUGUAAGAUUGUUGCUCACACCAUCUGCAUAGAACAACUGGAGAAGUUUCCCGGCUCUAAAGCCAUUGUUACGGACGCCUCGCUGCCCCUCAGUGACCCCAGCUUUAGAAUUAACUUCAGAUGUAAACCAUCAUUCAGAGACUCGGGCUCCAGAAAUAUCCGAGAGCCCAUUGUGGUUCGCCAUCACUGGGUGCAUCGGAGACGGCAGGAAGGCAAAUGUAAACAGUGCGGGAAGGGCUUCCAGCAGAAGUUUGCCUUCCACAGUAAGGAGAUUGUUGCCAUCAGUUGCUCCUGGUGCAAACAGGCUUACCACAACAAGGUUUCCUGCUUCAUGCUGCAGCAGAUUGAGGAGGCUUGCCAAAUGGGUGCUCAUGCUGCCCUCAUAGUUCCGCCCACAUGGAUCAUUCGAGUCAGACGCCAUCAGUCGUCUAUGAAGUCCAGCAAAAAGAAAAAAAGGACAUCCUUCAAGAGAAAAAGCAGCAAGAAAGGAGCCGAGGAAGGGCGGCAGUGGAAGCCAUUCAUAAUCCGACCCAUCCCGUCACCACUUAUGAAGCCACUGCUCGUAUUUGUCAAUCCCAAGAGUGGAGGAAACCAGGGCACUAAGAUUCUGCAGUCCUUCAUGUGGUAUCUGAACCCCCGACAGGUGUUUGACCUGAGCCAGGGAGGACCAAAGGAGGGGCUGGAGCUGUAUCGUAAAGUCCAUAACCUGAGGAUCCUGGCGUGUGGAGGAGAUGGCACUGUGGGCUGGAUCCUGUCGUGUCUUGACGAACUGGCAUUAACCCCCCAGCCUCCUGUUGCCGUGCUACCACUUGGGACAGGAAAUGACCUUGCUAGGACCCUUAACUGGGGAGGGGGCUACACGGACGAGCCCCUGUCUAAGAUCCUGUCCCACGUCGAGGAGGGAGCUGUGGUCCAGCUGGACCGGUGGAAUCUCCUGGUGGAACCGAACCACGGUGCAGGGGCUGAACCAGAUGAGCAGCAAACUGAUAAGCUUCCUCUAGAUGUGUUCAACAAUUACUUCAGCCUUGGAUUUGAUGCCCAUGUGACUCUUGAAUUUCACGAGUCCAGAGAGGCCAACCCGGAGAAGUUUAACAGUCGUUUCAGGAAUAAGAUGUUCUAUGCUGGGACAGCAUUCUCAGAUUUCCUGAUGGGAAGCUCCAAAGACCUGUCUAAGCACAUCAGAGUGGUGUGUGAUGGGACAGAUUUAACAUCAAAGGUUCAGGACUUGAAGCUACAGUGUCUGGUCUUCCUCAACAUCCCCCGGUAUUGUGCAGGCACUACACCCUGGGGAAACCCCAGUGAGCAUCAUGACUUUGAACCUCAGCGCCAUGACGAUGGAUACAUCGAAGUUAUCGGAUUCACGAUGACAUCACUGGCUACUCUUCAGGUUGGAGGUCAUGGUGAGAGGCUGAACCAGUGCAGAGAAGUCACCCUCACCACUACCAAACCUCUGCCAGUGCAGGUGGAUGGUGAACCCUGCAGACUUGCUCCGUCAGUCAUCCGUAUCAGCCUGAGAAACCAGGCCAACAUGGUUCAGAAAACCAAGCGACGAACCUCGAUACCACACCUCAAUGAUCAGCAGCCGGUCCCAGAGAGGCUGAGGAUCCGAGUGAGCCGGAUCAGUAUGAGCGACUACGAGGCUCUGCACUACGACAAGGACAAACUACGGCAAGCAUCCAUUCCUCUGGGACUGAUCGUGGUUCCCGGUGACAGCGACUUAGAGACCUGCAGAGAACACAUCCAGCGUUUGCAGGAGGAGGAGGCCGCUGAGCCAAAGAGUCUUUCCUCACAGAGGCUGUCUCCAAAGUGGUGUUUCCUUGACUCUACAACAGCCGAUCGUUUCUACAGGAUAGACAGAGCACAGGAACAUCUCAACUAUGUGUCAGAGAUCUCCCAGGAAGAGAUCUUCAUCCUGGACCCGGAACUUGUUGUUACGACCACCGUGGGGACCUCCCCCUCAGCCAUGCCUGACCUGGUUAACCCUGCCUCUAACCUGGGAAAGAGCAGGGACGACACCUCCAGUCAGAGCUCCAGUGAUCUCUUUGCCUGCCCCCCUGCUGACUCCACCGACUCACCUUCAUCCUGCGUUCCCAGUUCUUCCCAAAGGCAACGCAUCAACAGUGACAGCACCGCAGCAGACGCUCUGACACACAGUGCAGCACCUGUGGCUAGCAAGCUGAGCCGGGCGGGGUGCAUCCAUCGCUCCAACACCACAGGUGACACCCCGAGACACAGAUGGGACAGGAGCCAAAAGACGAGUGACACAGAAAAGGAGAGAGAAAAAGAGCUGUUGAUCGAGUGUGUGAAGAACAAGGACGUCAAGAAGCUGCAGGAGCUGCACCUGAAGGGGGCUGACCUCACAGUGCUGGACCAGUCAGGGUGCAGUUUGCUGCACCACGCUGUUACUACAGGAAGCAAAGAGAUGGUGCGCUACAUCCUUGACAAUGCUCCAGGUGAGCUGAUUGAUGUCACUGAAAACCUGCACGGGGAGACGGUCCUUCAUCAGGCUGCGUCUCUGUGUCACAGGACCAUCUGUCAUUAUCUGGUAGAAGCAGGAGCCUCACUCAUGAAAACAGACCUACUGGGCGACACCCCCAAGAACAGGGCUGAGAAGGCCCAGGAUGCUGAGCUGGCAGCCUACCUGGAGAACAGACAGCAUUACCAGAUGAUACAGAGAGAGGAUCAGGAAACGGCCGUGUGAAACAUUCCAGCUCUUCAUGAAGAGACGAGGAUGAGGAAGGCUCUGCCUCCUUCCUCAGACGAGCAGACUGAAAUAUCGAUGCCUUUGUGACAGGAGCUGGACUCAGAGUCCAGCCUAAUGCCGACACUCCUCAGAGAGAAGCUGUGCCAAAUAUGAUCUCAACAUGCAUUUAAUAACGAGGGCUUAUGUUUCAGAUCUUUAAGUCAUUUAUUUUUAUUUUAAAUAGCUUAGUAACAAUAAUAAUAAAUCAUUUCUUGUGAAAUCACCUGACUUGGAACGUCAGUUUGGGGGAGGGGCUUCAAUGUGAUUUAAAAAAAAAAAAAAAAAAAAACUUUAUUUCUUAUGACCAAUAA